AUGUCGGGUAAUGAGACUUCGCUGAAUGAAGACUUGCAACGAUGUCGUCGUCUGGUGGCUGCUAUGCGUGGUCAGGUACUAGCGCCGUCACUGAAGCAGGAAGCGUUAAAGCAACUCGUUCGCGUCGUCUCCGAACAACAAGAACGACAGCAACUUAGGGGGUGGACGGAUAGCUCGUUGCCGUCUCCACGGAAACAGUAUUUGAGGGAAAUUCAAGUUGCUCGAAUCAAAACGAUUCAGAGGCGAUGGCGCAGACAUUUGCUGCAGAAACGCAUUCUCGCCAAAGUCAGGAUGAUACAGAAGUGGAAAAACAGACAAGGUGUAUCGCGAUUUCGAAAGAGCGCAGUGAUAAUUCAAAAAACAUUUCGGGGUCACUUUGUCAGAAAGCACAAGAUCGACCUUGCCUUGUACAUCGCGGGACUUUUGUCAAAGGCGGAGCGCCUUCGAAGUGAUCGUGAAGCGUUUCAUUUGAAAUGUGAUGAUAUUCAGCAAGAGCUUCAACAGGUUCGACUCGAUAUGGAAAUCAUUCGAGAUAAAAUAUCCGAAAAAGAAAAAGAGAUCGCAAACCUCACUAGCAAAGGUAGAACUGCUCGGGACAGUAGUGCUCUUCUCAAAGACGCCAUCAAGUAUGUUAAAAACUACCAAAACGAAGUGGUAGAGCUUGAAGAACUAGCCCGUGAUCUCGAAAAAGAGCUACAGGAAAUAAGAGAAAAAGAACCGGUGGUGCACGUCGCUGCCAGAGUGAUUCAGGCGUUAUUUCGAGGCGUCCACUGUCGAAUGGAACAGAUACGAGAGCAACAGCGUCAACGACAGACUUACACUCGGAUGCUUCAAUCUAAGGAGUUAUGCUACGAUCGGAUGCACGCUGCGUGGUUAACUCGUAGCCAGAAAAUGUGGGACGCAAGCGCACGGACUAUCGCGGGUCUGUAUCACAUUCAACAAGCAAAGUUCCAGCUGUAUCUGCUCCGUCGUAGGCGAGCAGGUAGACGAAUUUCGCGUUUGUACUUGGAUGUUAAAGCUCGAACGUCAUGUACCGCAAAGCAAGAUCUACUCUGGAUGAAAGUGAAGCGACAGGCGAAAGAAAUCGCGGCUCGAAAGCUUCAAACUCUACUACAACUCACUUGGCUCAGUUGGCUGCGUUAUGUGCAAAACGAGGAUCAGACGCGCAAAAUGAUCGCAGAGCGUGAGACAGCAGGAUUAAACCAGUGGCGUUCUGCGAAGGCGAAAUGGUUUUUAUCGGCGUAUCGAUCGAGAAUUGUCAAGCGCGAGAGCUUGGAAUGUGAGAUUAUGCCUCGACUUAAUUGUCGAGUUCUUCAUCACAUCCGUAAUGCCAUUCAGACUGAAGAAGGAGAAGAAUCCUCGACAAAAUCUGCUCAAGAUAUUUCCUCGGCAUUUUUACUGCUUAUUCGAAAUGAUAUUUGGACGUGGCGAGUGCCGAACAAGCAGCUUUACACUCUUGCAAAACGAUAUAAUCUCCCGUUGAGUUUACUUAACUUGGAGCAAAUUAACCAGUGGCUGGCUGAAGAAGCUCCGGAUUUUGUGGAUUUAUACGCGCCACUACCAACACAGACGCUUCUCAGGUUCAGCGAAUACAUGAAGUCUACGAAGCUCACAUGA